CUCAGACGUUUAUACCUAAGGUUACCUAUCUGUUCGUUGACUCUAUAGAUACAAAAAAAAAAAGAUGAGGCUGCUGUUGGUUUUAAGCCUGGCCAUAUUGGUUGCCUUCGUAACGGGUGCUGAUGACACUGACGAUGACUAUUACGAUUAUUACGACUAUGGUGAUGACUACUAUGACGACUCUGAUGUAGAGUCCAGUUCGGAAAGUGGUGUUGGUGCAUCCAGUAGCUCAGAAGAUGAUGCUAGUACCUCCGAGGACAGUUCCUCCGGCGAAGCUUCCGAUACAGGUAGUUCUUCAGAAACUUCUGGAGAUGGUUCCUCCGCCGAAACGACCUCCAGUUCAACUCCAACCAAGGCAGAAAAAGCCAAGAAAACUGCUGCACGCAGAGCUAGACGGCGCAGGCGCACCACCACCGCUGCUCCCAAACGCAAAGUAGCGGCAGCCGCGUCUGCCAAGAAGCAAACACCUGUUGCCCAAAAGAAGAAGACACCUGUGGCAGCCAAGAAGAAGGCGAAUACUGCCGCCAACAAACGCAAACGCACAGGCUAAGCAGUUCGAAAAAAGGAUAAAUUCCCCAUAGUCACUGAAAGUUUUUACAUCAAACUUUUAAGAGGACCAAGAGACAUCUUGUAGAAUCUACAUUAGUCUGGGAAUAUUUCAUAUGUUGUUUUCUGUACAAAAAAUCCAUAUAAAAAUACAAAGAUAAGGAGACGUUUUGUAAUUUACCAAAAAUAUACAUUAUUAAUCC